UAAAGCGAAUGUGCAGUUCUCUACACAUUCUGUGUAGUUAUAGGCGAUCCACAUUGAGUUGUUUCGCUAAAGAUGUCAUUCUAGGUUUCUGCAAUUUCAACCAUUUUAAGCCUAACUUUACAGAAUACAUUGUUGAAGACAUUAAAACAAAAAAUACCACGGAGCGUACUUUUUCUUCAUGGAAAAAGGUAUUCUGUCAAAACCAUUUCGCACACCGACUGUGCACAUGAGGAAGAGCAAACUGAUAAAGGUUUCACCCAUCUUCUCUUCAAUUGGCUUAUCAGAUUCAUAAGCUUAGAAUUUACAAAAAAAAUACAAUCUCAAGAUCAAUGAGACACAGUAGUUUAUCUUCUGGCUCAUUUUUACUUGACCAAACCAUGACUCUAUUUAAGUCUAGUAGACCCACCUAGUAGCAGUAUUAGUGUCACAGUUCUUUGUUUUGACAUAUCAUUUUUGUCAAACAGCAAUAGUAAAUCACUCAUACUGGUUAUUAUGAGUGAUGAGAAUGCAUAUACCACUUCUGUAAAUGACACUAGUGGAGUAGGUGUAGAAGAAAAUGUGGUGGGACUGAAGGCGGGCUGCCAGUCCCCUGAGUCUGGACUGAGUCAGACUGGCAGCUCUGGUCGCUCCAAUGGAAAGAGAACUCGGUCUGGGGGCAAGUCCUCCCCCAAGUCCUCAAACUCCGAUGACACCGAUGCCCACUCGAGUGGGAACGACUCAGCCGAAAGAGAGGUGGAAGGUCACAUGGGACGUGAGACAUCAACCUGCAGCAGCUCCCAUAACGGGAAGGACUCUGCCAUGGAGACAACAGAGAGCAAAAGAGCCAACUCCCACAGCUCUUCCCCUCCCAACAGCUCUAUGGUCUACAGCCUGCUGAGUGGCAGCUCGGAGCAGGACCACCCGUCCACCAGCGGAUGCAGCAGUGACCAGCCAGCCCGGCUGCAGACCCAGAGAGAGCUGCUCAAGGCUCUGAAGGAGCUAAAGAUCCGCAUGCCUGCAGACCACUGGGCGAAAGGCCGCUCCAGCACCCUGGCCUCCCUGCAGUAUGCUCUCAACUGUGUCAAACAAGUCCGAGCGAAUCAGGAGUAUUAUCACCAGUGGAGUGUGGAAGAGAGCCACGGUUGCAGUCUGGACCUCUCUGCCUUCACCACAGAGGAACUGGACAACAUUACUUCUGAAUACACACUCCAGAACACGGACACGUUCUCAGUGGGAGUGUCCUUCCUCUCUGGGAAGUUGGUGUACAUCUCCCCCCAGGCCUCUCCCAUGCUGCGCACUAAGCCUAAUCGACUCCAGGGGACACUCUUCUCUGAGCUGUUGGCCCCCCAGGACGUCAGCACUUUCUACAGCAGCACUGCUCCCUGCCGCCUGCCCCCCUGGGCCUCCUGUACUGGUUCCAUGACCUCCCCUGUGGACUGCACCCAGGAGAAAUCCAUGUUCUGCCGUAUCAGUAGUGGGAGGGACAGUGAGGGGGAAGUGCGGUACUACCCCUUCCGUAUGACCCCUUACCAGCUAACCCUACGGGACUCCGACAUGUCCCAGCCACAGCCCUGCUGCCUGCUCAUCGCUGAGAAGGUGCACUCAGGAUACGAAGCUCCCCGCAUCCCAGCGGACAAGAGGAUUUUUAACACUAGCCACACCCCCGGCUGUCUCUUUCAGGAAGUGGAUGAAAGAGCUGUGCCGUUGCUAGGCUACCUGCCCCAGGACCUGGUUGGGACUCCUGUCCUCAUGUACCUCCACCCUGAUGACAGGCCUGUCAUGGUGGCCAUACACAAGAAGAUUCUCCAGUCAGCGGGGCAGCCCUUUGAACACUCGCCCCUGCGUAUGUGUGCCCGGAACGGGGAGUAUCUCACCAUAGAUACCAGCUGGUCCUCCUUCGUCAACCCCUGGAGCCGCAAAGUGGCCUUCAUCGUGGGUCGACACAAAGUCCGAACGAGUCCCCUGAACGAAGAUGUGUUUACUCCUAGUAUGGAGGUGGAGGUGCGGGCCAUGUCUCCAGAGAUCCCCAGGCUCAGUGAGCAAAUCCACCGUGUGCUGGUGCAGCCUGUCCACAGUGGUGCCUCCCAGGGCUACUGCAGCUCCCAUGGAUCCCAGCCACACAGGCCCAGCCCGGGCUCCUCAGGCAGCAGCAGCCCCUCCAUCAAGGGGAUCAUCCAGAUGACUAUCCAGAGACCACAGCAGAUGACAUUCCAGCAGAUGUGUAAGGACGUCCACAUGGUGAAGACCAAUGGUCAGCAGGUCUUCAUCGAGUCCCGCAACCGCCCACCGCUCCGCAAACACGCCAGCGCUGGAGACCUCGUGACGCCAGAGAAUUUAAACAAAGACUUGGGACCUAUUGGCGCUCUGGGGCCAACUAAAACCCUGGCCUCCGUGCAGUCAAGGAAAGAUCCGUCAGCCAACUACUCCUACCAGCAGAUCAACUGUCUGGACAGCAUCGUACGCUACCUGGAGAGCUGUAACGUCCCCAACACAGUGAAGAGGAAAUGUGGCUCCUCCUCCUGCACCACAUCAUCAACGUCAGACGAUGACAAGCAGAGGGAGUUGUCUGGAACAGCUAAAGAUCUCGAAGGGUCACAGGGUAAGGAAGGGUCUAAAGGAGGGCCACAGAUGAGUCCUCUGGCGCUGCACUGCAAGGCUGAGAGUGUGGUCUCUCUCACGUCCCAAUGCAGCUUCAGCAGCACCAUCGUCCAUGUAGGGGACAAGAAGCCCCCAGAGUCAGAUAUUAUCAUGAUGAUGGAGGAGACACCACCCACCACCACCGCCCCAGCCAUUAACAACGCCAUCACCACGGCAGUGACCCCCUGUCCCUCAACCUUUCCCAGCCCAGCAACACCCAGCCCUGCCCAGCCUGAGAGAGAGAGCCACAGGUCGGCUGGAUGCUCAGGCAGCCUGGGUCUGACCAAGGAGGUGCUGUCUGCCCACACCCAGCAGGAGGAACAGGUGUUCCUGAGCCGGUUCAGGGACCUGGGACAGCUCCGCAUGCUGGACCCCGGUCCUCCUCUGAGAGGACACACCACCACACCCAAAGGAGUGCACACCUCGAAGGACUACCCAGCAGGUGGUAACGGACGGAGGAGGGGCCGGGGGGCCAAGAAGCCGAAGCACCAGCAGGAGGGCUCCCAGCAUGGGGGCCGCCCCAAGACAGGCUCAGGGAUGAACAGAAGUUCCAGAAGGGAAGGGCAGGGGCACCAAGGCCCCAUGUUCCCCAUGGGUCAACCCCUAAUGAGACAGGGACCCCUGACCUCGUCCUCUUCCUGGCCCACCUCUGUGGCCAGCCUCCCUCCUGCCGUGUCCCAGUACCCUCCAGGAGUCCUGCCCUUCUUCCCCCUCUACCCCAACGUGCAACAACAACAACUCCUGGCCCACACCGGGGUGAACCCUAAUGCCAUGCAGAUGGGUUACCCCAGCCCCCAGCCAGGCUUCCAGUACCCCCUGCAUGCCAAUCAGAUUUCCAUGCCAAUGGCUCCCCCGAUGAUGGUUGUUCUGCCCAACUACAUGUUCCCUCAACUCAAUGGAGGUGUACCACAGCUCAACCAGCUCAAUACAGCCAUGCCUCAGUAUAACACAGCCAUGCCUCACCUUAACCCCAGUAUCCCUGGUAUGGCACAACUUAACCAGGCACUACCGCAGUUCAACCAGGCUAUCCCACUACCACAACUCAAUCCUGUCUUAGCUCAAUUCAACCCUUCUGUGACGCAGAUGAAUGGCAUGCCUCUAGCUCAACACAACCCGUCACAGGUCAAUCCUGCAUUACAGGUCAAUCCUGCUUUGUCGAUGAUCCCACAACAUUUUCACAAUCCCAACCCAACAUUACCUUUCCCAAAUCCCAUUCCGGUGCCCGGGCUUCCUUGCUUUGCCUUACCCAGGAUUGAUCCCACUUUUGUCCCACGUGGCAACUCCCGCUCCAGCACCCCUCAGUCCACAUGCCAAUCCCCCCUGGAGGGGACCAACUCACCCCUCUUCCAGUCACGAUGCUCCUCCCCCCUCAACUUGCUGCAGCUGGAGGAGUUGCCAGGCAACAGGCAGGAGGGCAUGUCAACAGGGGCGCAGCAGACCCCACCCCCACCUGGCUCGUCGUCUCAGGUCGGAGGUCAAAGCUCUGUUAACCGCAACAGCAACAUGAAGGGUGAUGCCAAAGAGUACGAUAAUGCUGAUGUUGAUAACCAGGACGUCAUGUCCACCUCCAGUGACCUGCUGGACCUGCUGCUGCAAGAGGACGCCUGCUCAGGCACCGGCUCGGCUGCCUCUGGCUUCGGGUCCUCUGGCUCCGGGUCCUCUGGCUCCGGGUCCUCUGGCUCUAAUGGAUGCAGCACCUCAGGGAGUGACACGAGAAGCAGCAACACCAGCAAGUACUUUGGCAGCGUUGACUCAUCGGAGAACGACCAUAAGCAGGCAGCAGGCGGGGCUGAAGAGGCCCAGCUCAUGAAGUAUGUCCUUCAGAACCCUGUUUGGCUCCUCAUGGCCAACACAGAUGACAAGGUUAUGAUGACGUACCAAAUGCCCACCAGGGACAGGGAGACUGUUCUAAGGCAAGAUCGUAUGGUACUGAGGGUGGUGCAGAAACAGCAGCCGCACUUCACUGAGGAGCAGAAGAGAGAGCUGAUCCAGGUCCACCCCUGGAUGGGCACCGGACGCCUGCCACAGGCCAUCAACAACCCUACUUGUACCGGGUGCGGUUCUCCUCCAGCUACCUCCGCCCCCCGGACCUUUGAUGUGGAGCUACAGGACAUGGAUCUGACUGGGGUCCUCCAGCUACAGGAAGAGGCUACCGCACACACAGAGACACAUGUUACCAUGGCAACAGACACUUCCAUCUCUCCACCACAAGCCCCCCAGACAGAGACUAAGGGGGGUGAGGCUGAGAGGCAAGGGGAGCAGGAAGGAAACUGUAAGGACACCAGAGUGAAGGAGUUGGAGGUAACAUCCUCAUCAUCUGUAACAGAGAAAGGGGACUCUGUGGCUGUAAACGGCAACUGAGAACUUCUAUAUGGCCAAUGACUCUAAACCACAAUGCAUUGGGACAAACGGGGGCCAAGCUCACGGUCAAUGUGUUGUGUUGGAACAAAGAAGUGAAAAUAAGGAGUCAAAGAAUACCUGUUCCUGUCUAAACACAUGGAGAAUGUAGCUCAAUGUAUAUUGCAUCUAAGAAGGUGUAAAUAUUUGAUGUAUUUCAAAUGGAAAUUGGAAAGAGAAGCCCUUGGUAAAUAUUUAAUUGGCAUGUUUGGUGCCUGGUCUGCUGGACUGAAGACAUGUUCCAUUUGUAAUUCACUGCUUUGGGGUUUUUCUCCCCUGUAGUGACAAUUUGGUAGUUUACAAGUUAUUGCGUGUAUCAACGCAAUGUAAUUUAAUAGUCCAAUGUCCAUAUUGGAAAAUUAUGUCAAAUCAGUCAUAAAAAAAAUGAAAUCCAAAAUUCAUGUUGAAAAAUAUAUUUGGUAGAAUUCUUUUUAAUAUUUUCAAAGUAAUUUCAGUUAUUGUACAGUGUGUUUAUUACAGUAUACCAACCAAGAGCAGGCAUACUACAGUUUUUGUGGGCUGUAAUGUAAUGUUCUGAAUGGUUCAUUUUAUUGUAAUAUAAUUUUACACUGCAAUGCUUGUAACAAGAAGUCACGUUUUAAGCAUUAUUGGGCAAACAUCCUGACUAUUUUGUCUCCUCCAGAGAAAUACACAUUUUCUAAAGACCAUGUUAUUUGUUUGCAUCGUUAUGGGUAUUUCUGUACAAAAAAGGUAUCUUUGAUUUGUCAGGAGUGGAGAUGGGUGUUCCCAUGGUAACAGACCCGAUGGAGCCAGUCUUGUUGAUUGGACCAUACAGUGAUGUGAGAGCGUGGGGAGAAAAGGAGCAGGGGCUGACUAAGCUUUACAAGAGCAGGCCUUGAUCAUACAGAGUUGGUGAAUGCCAAUAUGUUCUGCUACCUCUUAUUCCCUCACUUUUUCUCCAUUUCAUUAGUGUAAAUAAAAUGAUAGUCACUAUUAUUACAUCUCUUUGGAGGAUUUUGUUAUGUAAUAUAAAAAAAAAGAAAUAUAA